AGAAUAUAUUUGGCAAUAGAUACUGCUCUUGUUUACAUUCGUAUCGCGAUCUUGUGAACAAGUAAACAACUAAUAUUCUUGAUCAAAUAUUUUUAACUAAGAAAUACCUGAUAUCUUGAAUAUCUACUGCUGUGUUCAGUAUUUACUUAUUAAAAUCAUAAAAUCCACAUGGACUCAUCGGAAGAAAGUAGCAAUUGGAUGGGCGACAGUAAAUCUGAUCAUUUGCACAGUUACUCUAAACCUCCUGCUGUCAGGGAUUCUGACAGUGAUGGAAAUGAUGAUGAUGAAUUAGUUUACUGCAUUUGUCGAACUAAAGAUACCAAUCGCUUCAUGAUUGGUUGUGAUAGUUGCAAUGAAUGGUACCAUGGUGAUUGCAUAAGUAUAACUGAAGAAUAUGCAAAAAAUAUUAAACAGUUUUUUUGUUUGAUGUGCAGAGAAAGAGAUCCAAGUUUAGCCAUACAAUUUAAGGAAAAGAAAGAAAAAUCGGUGCUGAAGAAAGUUGAUUCUGAUAUUGUUAAAAAUUUUACUGUUACUUUUGAUGAUGACAUUAAGGAUAAGAGAAAAAAUCGCAGAUGUGGCGAAUGUGUGGCUUGUUAUCGAAAUGAAGAUUGCGGACGAUGUGAUUACUGUAAAGAUAUGCGAAAAUUUGGUGGACAAAAUAAAUUGAGGCAAAAAUGCAGACAGAGGCAGUGCAUGAACUUUGGGCAUAAAGUGGGUAAAAAACCAAAAAGUAUCCCUGAUUUUCUAAGUGAUGAAACUGAAGAUAAAGAUCCAACAUUUAAUUUUAUUGAGCCACCUCCUGUUUUACAAGCCAGAAAUUCCAAUGAUGAAGACGAGGAUGAUGACAGAGAUGACGACUAUGAUCCUUAUAAAAGACGAUCUUCUCACUCAAAUUCCAGGCACAAGCGACGAUCGGGGAGGCAAGUUGAAAAGCAUAAAGGUCGAAAAAUCGAACAUCGUAAAAAGCAUAAUGAAAAGGAGAAGAAUUCCAGCAAAAAGGAUAAUGAUACUCUUAGACAGUGUUUUGGUCCUGGCUGUGUUUUUCCAGCUUUGCAAAAUUCUAAAUAUUGUUCCGAUGAAUGCGGUUUAAAGCUGGCAACAAAUCGAAUUUAUGAGAUACUUCCACAUAGAAUUCAGCAGUGGCAAAGAUCUGUCAGUGUUGCUGAUGAAAAUAAUAGAAAAUCUUUAGAGAAAAUAAGACGGGAAUUACAGGACGCUAAAGAUCGUUUAUCUGAGCUGAACAAAAAGCAAGAAAAUCUUGAAAGAACCAUUGAAAAGGCCAAAAGAACAUCAUUUGCUGCUGAUCAAGAAAGCUUAGAAGGGGAAACAGAAGAAGCUGAAAUUAGUAUCUAUUGUGUCACCUGUGGACAUGAAGUUGGUGCUAAAAAUGCUCUAAAACAUAUGGAAAAAUGUUUCAACAAAUAUGAAAGUCAAACUUCGUUUGGCUCCUUUUAUCAAACAAACAUUGAAGGAAGUAACAUAUUUUGUGACUAUUAUAAUGCUCAACAAAGAACUUAUUGCAAGCGUCUUAAAAUAUUAUGUCCAGAACAUUCCAAAGAACCUAAAGUAUCAGACGAUGAAGUUUGUGGCUGUCCUCUUACGGAUGGAAAAUACAAAGAAGAGUUUUGUCGUGCUCUUAAAAAAAAAUGCGUGAAGCAUCAUCAGUGGGAAAAAUUUAGAAAAGCAGAAAUUGAUCUGGAUAGAAUGAGAGUUCUCUUCAAAUUAGACGAUUUAAUUGAACAAGAAAGGAACAUUCGUCAACAAAUGGCGAAUCGAUGCAGUGUUCUUGGUUUAAUGUUGCACCAAACUGUGUCCCAUGAUGACUUAUUACAACUAUAAUUAGAUGCUGGAAUUAAUUAUUUUUUUGUACUAUUUUAAAACUCAGUACUAAACAUGGAACAGUGGCACCCAGAAGCUCAACUUCAAUUAAAUUUCCUUAAGAAAAGAAAAGUUAUGUAAUCACUUUAGAGGGCAACAGAAAAAAAAAUCCGAGCCUAUUUAAUGAGGAAAAAAAUGCAUUGGCACGUUAUACAUAGAUUUAUAUAAAUCUGAAUUUUUAUUUCAAACUCAUUUUACCUACCUAAUUCUUCUGUGUGAUAAAAUAUUUAUAUCCUAACUACAAACGAUUCUUAAGUUUUUCUUUAAGAAUAUUUUUUUAUCAAAAUGACCUAAAACUUUAAUGUUAAAUUUGUAAGAAAAUCAGAGCUCUUUGUAUAAUACUAUGCUUGAGCUAAAUAUUUAUCUGUUAAAAAAAAUCGAUUUCAUAAUAAAAAAAUACUUGUACCUGUAAAAAAGUUAGUGUUUUUACUCUUUUGAUGUAAAAUUUUUAUGAAACAUAUUUUUCAUACUUUUUUCAUUAUUUUGUAUUAAUAGCCAAAUAAGUGAAAAAUAUUAUAUUUAGCAUUUUAAUUAUUUAUGGUUAUGAAAUGAAAAUUGGUGACUUUUCUGCGUUAAAGAUAAAACCUUCCGAAUAAUAAUUUUUAAAAUCAGUUAUUUAGAUCUAAGAAAAGCAUAGUUCAUUGUUGAAAUUUCUUUAAUUUACGUAAUCAAUUAUUGAUAAAUUUUUGAAUAUGAAUGAAAAAAAUAUUUUUCAUGCUUUUUAUAUUUUAGUACAAAUAUAAUUCCAAUAAUCUAACAGAUUUUUUUAGUGGCUAUUGAAUUGGUUUUUAUAAUUAAAAAAUUCUAAAAUAUAUUAUUGUUUGUAAAUAGAGCGUCGGGAAAAAAAAAAAGAAGCAGCAAACCAGUGUCCUACUUGCAUCAAAGGGUUAAUAAUCGAAAGGAUGCACCUCGUUGUUUGGCUGCCUCAGGCUGUUGCCCUUUUUCUGAAUGUCACUGGCAUAGAAGUUUGUGCAAAGAGACGUUUUAUUUUAUCUCAUAUUUAUUAAAACAUAAUUUUUUUUCAAAGCAUAUAUAACAUUGUUUAAAAAUGAAUGUUUUUACGACGUAGAUUAGAUUCAGACUAAAGUAGAAAAAUAAAGAAUAAAGUUGUA